UCGAAAUCUUCGAGUACCGGCCCAGACCAACCAACCCACUCCGGCUGUGCCGUUUCGGUUUCUUUCCUUCUCUUCCGGAGCGAGGAAGGAUACCGAGACCAGACCCGAAACCCUCGCCGUGCGGUCGCCGCCGAUGGCCGGCGGCUCGUCCCCCUCCCCGUCUGCCGCGCCCGUCCAGGUGCGCUGCGCUGGCUGCCGCGGUGUCCUCGCCGUCGGCCCCGGCAUGACCGAGUUCAUCUGCCCCAAGUGCCGCAUGGCGCAGCGCCUCCCCCCGCAGCUCAUGCCCAAACCCUCCUCGUCUUCGUCCUCCCCGCCCCCGCCCAAAUCCCCCGCGAAGCCUGCUCUCCCCCCUCUUCCGCAGCCCCGGAGGGGCGCGCCGCCGGCGCAGGGGGUGGACCCCACGAAGAUCCAGCUCCCCUGCGCGCGCUGCCAGGCCGUCCUCAACGUGCCCCACGGCCUCGCUCGCUUCAACUGCCCGCAGUGCGGCGUCGACCUCGCCGUGGACCACGCCAAGCUCCAGAACUUCCUCGCCUCAUCCAACAGCGCCGCACCCGCCCCGGCCUCGGGGCCCACGACGCAGGCGCCUCCACUGCCGUUUCUCCCCAUGUUGCCGCCUGGCGUGGCGCAGUCGCUGCAGCUGGUGCCUGCUGCGACAAUCCCUAUGGUGCUGCCUGCUGCCGAGCCACCCGAGGAGAUCAAUGAGGUUGCUAUUGACGUUGAGCGCGAAGAAGAUGAAGGUGGUACUGUUGGAGAAACUUUCACUGACUACAGGCCUCCCAAGCUAUCUCUUGGUCUGUCUCAUCCAGAUCCAGUUGUAGAAACUUCUUCUUUAUCUGCUGUACAACCUCCUGAACCGACAUACAACUUGACUAUCAUGGAUGAAUUGGAUGAGACAAGGGCGUUGUCUAGUUUGCAAAUUGAAACAAUAGUUUAUGCUUGUCAGCGGCACCUUCAUCAUCUCCCUACUGGUGAUAGAGCAGGUUUUUUCAUCGGUGAUGGGGCUGGUGUUGGUAAGGGUCGAACAAUUGCUGGAUUAAUCUGGGAAAAUUGGCAACAGGGAAGGCAUAAGGCAGUGUGGGUGUCUGUUGGUUCUGACUUGAAGUAUGAUGCUCGAAGAGAUUUAGAUGACGUUGGUGCAAUGUGUGUCCAAGUGCACCCUUUAAAUAAGUUACCAUAUUCGAAGCUAGACUCGAAGGCCAUUGGGAUUAAGAAUGGGAUAAUCUUUGUAACAUAUAGCAGCUUAAUAGCAUCGUCUGAGAGAGGCCGUUCCCGUUUGCAGCAAUUGGUUCAAUGGUGUGGGCAUGAGUUUGACGGUCUCCUGGUGUUUGAUGAGUGCCACAAGGCCAAAAAUCUGAUUCCUGAUGCGGGGAGCCAGCCCACUCGCACCGGUAAAGCAGUUCUUGAGAUCCAGGAAAAGUUACAUGAGGCUCGGGUCGUUUACUGCUCAGCAACUGGUGCAUCAGAACCACGAAAUUUGGGCUAUAUGGUUCGACUUGGACUUUGGGGUGACGAAACAUCAUUUCAGAAUUUUCCGCAAUUUUUAGGUGCUCUUGAGAAAGGUGGUGUAGGAGCUCUUGAACUUGUUGCAAUGGACAUGAAAGCUAGGGGUAUGUAUGUAUGCCGUACACUAAGUUAUAAGGGUGCUGAUUUUGAUAUUGUGGAGGCUCCUCUUGAGGAAAGAAUGAUGAACAUGUACAGAAAGGCCACUGAAUUUUGGGCUGAAUUGCGCCUUGACCUCCUAUCAGCAUGUGAAUUCUUUGCAGAAGAGAAAGGAAAUUCAAAUCAAAUAUGGCGACUGUAUUGGGCCAGCCAUCAGCGUUUCUUCAGGCAUAUGUGCAUGUCUGCAAAGGUACCUGCUGUUGUGAGGUUAGCUAAGGAGGCCUUGGCAGAGAGCAAAUGUGUUGUGAUUGGUCUUCAGAGCACUGGAGAAGCUCGAACCGAGGAAGCUGUCACAAAAUAUGGUGUUGAAAUGGAAGACUUUGUUUCUGGUCCUCGGGAGCUUCUUCUUAAGCUGGUAGAAGAAAACUACCCUUUGCCUCCAAAACCCGAUUCUUUUCAGCAAGGUGAAGAAAAAGUCACAGAGAUCCAGCGUAAGCGCCAUUCUGCACUCGAUAUAUCAUUUAAAGGGCGAGUUAGGAAAGUAGCAAAAAUGGAAGAUGUGAGCGAUGAUGACACUGAUGAUUAUUCUCCAUCUGAUUCAGACCAUGAAUCAACAGAAUCUGAUGAGGAGUUCCACAUGUGUCAAAUCUGCAACACAGAGGAGGAGAAGAGUUUGUUGCUUCAUUGUUCUGGUUGUUGUCGACAUGUUCACCCUAAUUGUCUAACACCACCUUGGACUGGGAUGAUGACCGAUGAUUGGUCAUGCUACACAUGCAAGAUGGUAGAAGGCGAGGAAGAAGAGCAAGAUGCCCAUGUAGCUGAUUUUUCAAAGAGGUACGACACUGCAGUAGAGAAAAAACUGAAGAUUUUGGAUGUAAUACGUUCCUUGGAUCUCCCCAAUAAUCCUCUUGAUGAUAUUAUUGAUCAGCUGGGGGGCCCUGACAAUGUUGCAGAGAUAACAGGACGUCGUGGUAUGCUAAUCAGAGCUUCGGAUGGAAAAGGCGUUGUUUAUCAGGCGCGGAACGCGAAAGAAGUCUCAAUGGAGAUGAUCAAUAUGCAUGAAAAGAAACAGUUUAUGGAUGGCAACAAACUAAUUGCAAUUAUAUCUGAAGCAGGGUCUGCUGGUGUUUCCCUACAUGCUGAUAGAAGGGCAAAAAAUCAGAGAAGAAGAGUGCACAUAACACUUGAACUCCCUUGGAGUGCAGACCGUGCGAUACAGCAGUUCGGCAGAACCCAUCGUUCUAAUCAAACUUCUGCACCUCAAUAUAGGCUUCUUUUCACAAAUCUCGGUGGUGAAAAGCGAUUCGCAUCGAUCGUGGCAAAAAGGCUAGAGUCUCUUGGAGCUUUAACACAAGGAGAUCGCAGGGCUGGACCUUCUCUGAGUGCUUUUAACUAUGAUAGUAAUUAUGGGAAAAAGGCGUUAACCAUGAUGUAUAGGGGAAUAAUGGAGCAGGAUUCUUUUCCAGUUGUUCCUCCGGGGUGUUCUGACAAUCAAGUUAGCAUCGAAGAAUUCAUCAAUGAAGCAAAAACUGCUCUAGUAUCAGUUGGAAUUAUCAGGGAUGCUGUAGUAUGCAAUGGAAAAGAUGCAGGGAAGCUUUCUGGUCGGAUUGUAGACUCAGAUAUGCAUGAUGUCGCUCGUUUUCUUAACCGCCUUCUGGGAUUGGCUCCAAGUAUCCAGAAUAGGUUGUUUGAUCUUUUUACAAGUAUACUUGAUGUUGUCGUUCACAAUGCACGAAUAGAAGGGCAGCUGGAUUCUGGAAUCGUUGAUAUCAAAGCUAAGAAUGUUGAAAUGAAAGAAUCGCCCAAGACCGUUCACACCGAUAGCUUGUCUGGUGCUUCGACAGUACUAUUUACUUUCACUAUUGACCGAGGAGUUACUUGGGAGGUACAACCCAAGUUUGUUGUAAAUCUGUUUUUCCCCCCUCUGCAUGUAAAGUUGGCAAAAGCAAUGCUUGAUGAAAGGCAGAAAGAUGGUGCUGGUUCUUCAAAUGAUGGAUUUUAUGAGUCCAAAAGGGAAUGGAUGGGGAGAAGGCACUUCACUCUAGCUUUUGAAGGCUCAACUGAAGGAAUGUACAAAAUUAUUCGACCUGCUAUUGGGGAAGCAUUAAGGGAGAUGCCUUUAACUGAACUGAAAAGCAAGUACAGGAAGGUGUCGUCAAUAGACAAAGUUAGUAAAGGAUGGCAGGCAGAGUAUGAUGCUUCAUCGAAGCAGUGUAUGCAUGGAUCUAAAUGCAAAAUUGGGAGCUACUGUACUGUGGGAAGAAGGUUGCAAGAGGUUAACAUUUUGGGUGGCCUCAUACUUCCAGUUUGGGGUACAAUAGAGAAGGCCCUAGCUAUGCAGAUUCGUCAGAUUCACAAGAGAAUACGUGUUGUCCGUCUAGUGACGACAAAUGACAAUCAACGAAUCGUCGGACUGCUCAUUCCAAAUUCAGCAGUGGAGUCGGUACUAACAGGCUUGCAAUGGGUCCAGGGUAUUGAUGAUUGACAUGGAAAGGCAUUGCUUUUUUUUUUCUCACUCACAUUCAUACUGGCGUCAUUGAUCACUUUUCUGAUGUUAGAUGCAGCAGCCUAUAGAGCCCGCUGCACAUUUAAUUUUGUUUCUAGGCAGCUAGUAAGCUAACUUGUCUAAUGUGAUGAAAUUCUUAGCUUAGAAAUCAGGAAGGUAUAUACAGACUACUUGUGUAUGUAAAAUAUGCGGUAUGCCACCGCUGUUGUUCCUUUGUUUUCCUCUUUUGUUCUCUACCUGGUUUAUAUGCUGUAUAUUGUCGUUACUAAAAAACUCAAAGGAAAGCGCACCUCACCAGUGUAGUGUUUCCUCUGUAAUUCUUGCUUAUGCCUAACUAAACAGCACAAGAAAAUUUUGAGAUGUGUCUAUAAUAUAGCCAGAUUAUGUGAA